UUCUUCCUUCACCCCGGCUGAGGGACGUUACAGGGGAGUGUGGAUGGCUCUGCGCGAGCAUGCCUCCGGGACAAGCAAUCUCCUAUUCGCGAUCCCCACAUUUUUCCACAUCAUUAUUUUUUAUGCUAGGAUUUGUAGAUUUUAGAACAAGAUGUACUUUUAUAGUUUUUUUAUUUUAGUUUCUGUCUUUUGGGAUAAACUCCUUAACAGAGCUCUCUCUCUCUCUCUCUCGCGUGCGUGCGCUUGCUCGCUGAGAGCGGUGGGGAGAGGCAGUGCUAACACGGGGUAAAGGAAACUCGCUGACCUUUCGAGUUGAGCUCUUCCCCCGUUUGGCGCCUCUCUACAGAAGCCUUUCAGGAGUACCUUGAGGCCCAGAGGGCAGAAUUACAGCACCGGGCGGGAGAGGCCACCCUAACCGUAAGUGUUCCAUCUCAACACGCCCUUUACAUCAUCUAUCUGCCUUCACACAGUCAUUCUCUCCAUUCUUCCUUUAAUUUUCCUCGGGUUUAGACUAUAUUUUGGUGUAUUUCUCUCCCUCGCCCCUUUAAUUUAUUACUCGCAUCCCAUCGUUUUGUUCCACGUCCUUAUUAUCUCCCUCGCCUAAUUAUCGCUGGUUUUAUUCCAGCGUGUGAUUCCGUGUUAUUGUUUGCAUGUGGCAGACCAUAAUGUAGCGGGGGGAGGGGGGGGCUUCGUACGGACGAUCGCGGGGGCCUGUUCAGGGUCUGGCUGAGGAGGGAUGCUGAGUCAUACUGAGCAGUUGGAGCUCUUUGAGUGAACCGGACACUCCCCCGCGUCACACUUACCUCCCCCUCCUCGGCAGCCGAACCCUGUUGAACCCAUUGCGGGUUGCCGGGGACAGGAGGGGCCCCUGGGAGGAGGUUGGGGGGGAGUGGAGCUACACUCUCGAUUCCUACCGCUGACAAUCCCUCAGAAGCGCGCGUGGAAACAAAGAGCUGCACCUUUAUACGUGUGAAGAAUCGGUUGAAUCGUUCUUGUCGUGUGAGCGCUUUUCCAGCUCGUGUGUACGUGGGGGAGGAGGAAAGAAAGAGAGGGAGAUGAAGUUGCACAAUGAGAGAUUACGGAUGUUUCUGGAACAAUGUUCCCUUUUUCUGGUAACUGGAACCUCUCGUAGUUACUUGAGCAAAGCAUCGGUGCUUGUUUAACUGGCAGGAGGGGGUGAUGCCAGAGCGCGUGUCACAAACACAAAUCGGUUUUGAGAGCGAGAGAUUGAGGGGACGGCGGAGGGGAUAAGCGAUUACUUAACCUUCGGUUACAUGAUAUUUGUGAUGAGUUAAUGCACUUGUGUUCAUGUUUAAUUGACAGCUUUCUUUUCUUUCAUUUACAGAAUGAAGACCGGAUGUUUCAGGAGGCGGUGGUCAUCGCGGUUUGAUUUUCGUUUGAUCAACUAACUUUGUGUACCUAGAAAUGUAUCUGAUGAAAGUUAGCUUUCUCACUCCAGAAUAAUUCUUAGGUUUGUCGAGUUUUUUCCCUCAAUUUUAUUCAGGUGUCUUUGGGCUAUCAGUAACAUUUUACUUUUUAAUGCACCUGGUUUGCGCUGAGAUACUCAUGUUAUCAGCUCUUCGUCUUACACAGGUCAUGUGAUCUUACUAGCAGGGGUUGGCACUGAUGUUGUAGUCUGUUACCCUGAAGUAGUCAUAAGGGACCGACUGCAUCAGUUUUGCUGGUCUUACGUCUUAGUCUUGUAUUCGAGGCAUAUUGUAGUUGAAUUGAUUCAAACUAGCCAUAACAGGUGAUGGAUGUAAAGUUAAGCUUUGCCAGGUGCUUCCGGUAAAAGAAAUGUAACUUGCCCCAAAGUUUCUGAAGUUUUACAUUUUUUUAAUGAGAAACUCCUAAUUUCAAGCUUGAAGCAUACGUUUCUUUUUGUCUAGAGAUCGUUUUGUUUCUAGAAACCCGUAGACGGGGUAAGAGAGAACGAGAGUGUUUGUAUAACCACAUGACUCACUACAGGGCCGCUCCACUCCAAAUGCAAUAACGUAUUCAAUCAGAUUAAAACGCGCGUGUGUUCGUGCACAUAUGUGCGUGGGCGGGUGCCACGUUUCCCGCGCAGCUCCUUAUCGCGCAUAUUCUUUACAUUGUGAAGAACAUCCGGUCAAGAUGCGUGAUGCUCGCCGCUGCGAGAGCUCGUCACCGCAUGUGCUCACUGCUCAUUCUGUCCUUUUGACAGUCUGUUGUAUUUUUGUGUGAUCUAUGCGCAAGUAUCCAGUUUAAAACGCAUGUGACGUCGCAACACAUUUAGCGUAACGACGACGUUCGGAAUCUUGUAUGGGCAAACUCGCUUUUGCUGCGUAUUCUUUCCCCUUCAGUUGCUUAUGAAAUGUUUUUCGCGGUGCCUUUUGUAACGUCGUCAUGGUAUGUGAGUCUGGAAGCUGCAAGCGUGUAAAAACAGCCAACAGUGUGGAGUUUCUUUGCCGUUACCUCGAAUGAACCCUCGGUUGAACUCAAUGCACUGCGCGCUGCCGGCGUAGCGGAUGAGAGAGGGAGAGAGAGAGGCUGCGUUUCAACAUCCAGCCAGUCUACCUAGACAGCUUGUGUAGAGCGUUCGAUCGCGCGAACGGAGCUUGGAUAUUGUCGCCUAUGUAGACAGCUCGGUGUAUUUAAAACACCGCCACAGAGAAAAGAGUAGACUGAAUCGCACCGCGCUCAGAUUGAGAAAGGGCUCUCAGCUCUGUCAUAACGGGAUUUAUGUCAUUAGAUUGUUACCGUUGAUGACCACGCCCCUCUUUCAGCCUCCCCAUCGGCUCCUGUCGUCAUUGGCAAGUGAGUUAAUUCUUCAUUGUAUGUUUUAGUAGUGUGGAUAAGAUAUUUCCCAGUGUGUCAGAUAGCUUAUCAGACUGGUGUUGGCUGUUACAUUCGCCCGGCGACAACAGUCUGUAGGCUGUCUGACAUUUUGGACUUUCAUCCCCAAAAUUCAUUACAUCUCUGGUGUUUUUAUUGUAUUUUGUCUUUUUUUAUAAUGUUAUUUUUAAGACUUAUGUUUUUGUGUUGAUGUUUAAUAUAAGCGAAAUCGUUAUGAAAUAUUUCCUGUAGCAGCAUUAGGGCAACGGUUUGUGUGUGUUAUAGAGAACGUGAUUGACGUGUUUCUGCUCCCCAUAUACACGUACACGCGUGUCUCUGCAUAGACAUACAUUGCUUCCUUCCCGUGUGUGUGUGUGUAUGUGCGUUUCCGGUGUUGUGCCGAAAAAUGACUUCUGCUAAAUUAUGACUCCCCCAUUCCCCACUAACGUUAGGUGUUAGGAUUAGAUGUGGGGGAGGGGUUAGGAUUGAGGGGAUUCGUAAUCUGGUGGGGAGUCAAAAUUCGGCACAACACCGGCACUUGAUUUUGUCCUCUUGAAUUUCUUGAGAAUCCAGAAAACACACCUUAUUGCAACACACUUUUCAUGCAUAUUUAUACUUGCUCAACACUUGUUUCAUGAACUGUAAUCGUUUAUUUAAUGCUGGUAUUUGUUAUUGAACUACAGUGAUGUUCGUGCAGCAAUUCAUGUUCGUUGUGCACUCAGACCUUGUGUUAUUUUUCUCCGUUGUGAAACACAGGGUGAUAUGCUUGGCUUUCACGUUAGUCGUGUAAUUUCCUCGGUACUGUUCAGAACAUCCUGUACUUUAGGGAACCCCCCUCUGCCAUUCAUGUAUGUGCGUGUAUGUAUUUUCUGUAUUUUGAAAAAUAAAAAUAAACUUGAAUAAAGACUGUGUUUGUCUCAUGGUUUUCCUUAUUUAACGUAUAAUUUACAGAUUUGUGUUACAAAAUCAUUACAAUUGCAUAAUCUUUAUUUUUUUAAGCAGAAUGUUGAGUCGAAUUUUAACUUGUAACGUUAGCUGUAAAGAGACCAGCACUUGCAACUAUAAAUUCCUACAUUUGAAUUACAAUAUGUAAAUCAUAAAAAUUACAUAAUUUAUUUCUAAAAAGUAUUUGUAAAGUAUAAUAUAUGGAUUUUUGUAAAAAGUCUUUGUUGGAACACACCUUCUUCAAUGACGUGAUAUGAUGUGACUGACAGUUUGAAACUGACCCACGCCCACUACAGUUACAGGCUUUGCCUUAUGGCUUGUUAUUAUACAAAUUAAUCUUGUUAAUCUUAAACCGUUUUUAAUAUUCAAAUAAGGCUUGACAUGUACUCUCUGAGUUUUAAACACCUCCGCCCACACACUCUUUUGUCUAGGUUUCUUUAUGAACACUGUAGGUCAGGUGUGCUUAGCACGUGACCAACGCCAGUCUUUUGAGGGUUUAGUGUGUAUGGCUACUAUAUACACGCACGUCUUGUAUGCACUGCCUCAGGGAACCAGAAGGGGGCACGAGUUUACUUUUUAGAUAGACCUGAAAGAAAUAAUUGUUAUGCUGUUAAACAAUGUAUAUAUAUAUGUGUGUGUGUGUGUGUGUGUGUGUGUGUGUGUGUGUGUGUGUGUGUGUGUGUGUGUGUGUGUGUUUUAAUCAAAUGUAUUGGUACGAUUUAAAAAUCAUUUCCAUUAAUUUUGUCAUAGUUACGUCUCAGAAUGCUCUUUGGUUUAAUUUGAUGACAAUACAGAACUUUCAGAGUACAGACAUUUUUGCAUGUUUAUUUUCUUUCGAGAUAUUCUAAAGGAAUGGAUCUAUUGUUAUAAUUCCGAGUUCUUAUGAAACGAGAUGUUUGAAACAAUCAGGGAAUUAUGAUUCUCACAGCUGUCAGGAGCAGGUGCAUUAAUCUUUAAAAGGCGACUGAAGUCCAGGUGAGUCAGGGGCUUUACCUGUCACAUGAAUCAAUGAUGUCCUGUCACAGAACCAGAGAGCACUGUCACACCCAGGUUGAGUCAGAGUCAUGUGUAAAUGUUACCCUAUCUGACACUGAGUUUGUGAUUUUUGUGAUAUUAGUAAAAUUUAAAUAAGCAUGAGGUUGGCAUAUCUGCACAUGCCACAGCUACCCACAGGUAUGAAUCAUUAAAAUGUUUAGUUCCUUUUUGUUCAUGUUCGAAAUGGCCACUUCUCAUUAUCAGAAAACAAAGUUAUCCACUGUAACCGCACUUAACAACAAGAGGCUUAUUUAUAAAACAAUCUACAUUCAGAUCAAAUGGACAGUAAAUCGACAGUCAUAUAUUGUGAUGUAUAUUGUUUUGGAGUCGUUUGUGUACAGUAUGAAUGGGCCACUAUGACCUUUUAAAAAACAUAAAUCUGGAAAGUCCCGGUAACUGUAUUUUGCAUAAUGCUUUUUUCAGCUUGAAGCAUAUGUAACACACAAAGUCCCCAUUGUGAUCCAUUUAUGUGGUUUUAUGAAGUGGGGAACAGAGAGUUGUGGCCAUCCAGCACUUUGUUACAAUGUGAAGUGUGUGAGCUCGCAUCUUUUUUCCAGCUGUCCCUUCUGGCACAUUUACCAACUUGUGUAGGUUUAAUAGGAUAGGAUCAAAGGUUUGUAUAGAAUUACAUUAAUUGUAUAAAAUGAUCCCUCAUGACACUACAGUUUUAAUCCUAAAUCCAGUACUAUUGAAAAUAUCUUUUCUUUUUCACAUUGAGCUUCAAUGUAAAUCUUUAAACAUACACCUCAGUAGAUUGCAGAAUGUUCUCCCUCCACUAACAUCUUCCUGGCCAUAGUCACCUAUAGCUUGCUCACUAUUUUCUGUAAAUCUGCUUUGAAACAAUGUAGAUGGUAGAUCUAUAAACCAAUAAAAUAAUUGCACACUAUGUAGUAUAGUAUACUAUACUAUUACCACACUACACUAUAUACCCAACCCAGACGAUCUUGUUGAACUUGGUCUACUAUCAACGUUCUGGUUGUAACUUGGUCUUUUAUGGACCUCUAUUGGUUGUAUGGCGUUACUGCACGGGAAGCAGUUUUUACAUUCACACAUUGCAGGAGUCUAUUUACAUCCAUGAACCGCUCAAGACACAUAGCGAACAAUACAGACUGUAGCGAACAAUACCAAAACUAAAUAAUUAAUAGACAGCUUACGAAAAAUAUGAGAGCAUAAAUUCGUUACAAAUAAUUUUACAUUUGCUGUGUACUAUUGAGUAUAUCUGCCAGGACAUAAAACACUACACUGAGCAUGCGCACACGAGCUCGUUCAGAAAUCGCUCCACAGUCGCCGACGAGCUACCGGUGUGGCAGUUCAUCCGCGGCAAGGAUGCGUACCGGAGCCGGUUACGGCAGCGAGGCAUUUAGGUUUAUGAGUUAAAUUAUAUAUAACGGUAACUGGACUGGGGCAAUGGCCGGCGUGUUUGAUAUCGAUCUGGAUCAGCCCGAGGAAAAUGUCACGGAUGAUGAGCUUGUUGACGGGGCCCAAAUAAAUGAAUACGGAGACCAGUGCAAUAGAUUUGAAUGUAUGGAUGACUGUGAGAAGUAUGAGGUCUCAGAAAACAACGUAAAUCAAGGCACAGAGCAGAUUCGUCCUGAGUGCUUCGAGUUGCUCCGUGUUUUGGGGAAAGGAGGCUAUGGAAAGGUUUUUCAAGUACGCAAGGUUUCUGGGGCAGCUUGUGGAAAGAUAUUUGCUAUGAAGGUCUUGAAAAAGGCUAUGAUCAUACGGAAUGCGAAGGACACGGCUCACACUAAGGCAGAGAGGAGCAUCCUGGAGGAGGUUAAGCAUCCAUUCAUUGUGGACCUUAUAUAUGCCUUCCAGACAGGAGGCAAACUUUACCUCAUUCUUGAGUAUCUUAGCGGUGGAGAGCUGUUCAUGCAGCUGGAGAGGGAGGGUAUCUUCAUGGAGGACACAGCGUGCUUUUACCUAGCAGAAAUUUCCAUGGCGUUAGGUCACCUCCAUCAGAAAGGCAUCAUCUACAGAGAUCUGAAACCAGAGAACAUCAUGCUGAACAACACCGGUAAGAAAAUGCACAAUCCACCUCUGUACGUCUCAGGUGGUCUUCAGACGGACCCCAUAGCUUUGUUCUGCUCCAUAUGUGCUCAUUACAUUUUCAUUACAGGUCAUGUGAAGUUAACAGACUUCGGACUCUGUAAGGAGUCGAUCCACGAUGGCACAGUCACACACACCUUCUGUGGGACCAUAGAGUACAUGGCCCCAGAAAUCCUCAUGAGAAGUGGUCAUAACAGAGCUGUGGACUGGUGGAGUCUGGGGGGCCUGAUGUAUGAUAUGCUAACAGGAGCUCCCCCAUUCACCGCUGAGAAUCGUAAAAAGACCAUCGAUAAAAUCCUGAAGUGCAAACUUAACCUUCCACCUUACCUCACUCAAGAAGCACGGGACCUUUUGAAGAAGCUGCUAAAGAGAAAUGCUUCGCAGAGAUUGGGAGCAGGCCAGGGAGAUGCUAUAGAUGUCCAGGUCCACUCCUUCUUCAGACAUAUAAACUGGGAUGAUUUACUAGCUUGUAAAGUUGAACCUCCCUUCAAGCCUUUUUUGCGAUCAGCAGAUGAUGUUAGCCAGUUUGACUCAAAGUUCACCAGUCAGACUCCUGUGGACAGUCCCGAUGAUUCGACACUCAGCGAAAGUGCCAACCAAGUCUUCCUGGGCUUUACGUACGUAGCUCCAUCUGUGCUCGAAAACAUGAAGGAAAAAUUCACUUUCGAGCCAAAAUCCCAUUCACCUCUCAAGCUUCUGGGAAGCCCGAGAACACCAGUGAGUCCACCCUUCCCUGAAGUCACCACUCCCUCGUGCCGACACCCUGCUGAUGUGCCCAUGCAGGAGUCCAGUGUGGAGCAGAUGGACAUUAGCAGCAGCGUUGAGGUUUCCGCCCCGCUUCCCAUCAAAAAGCCUUUGGGAUCCACCUUCGUGAAACAAUCUUACCCUGUGCUCUCCAAGAGACCUGAGCAUUUGAGGAUAAAUUUAUGAUGUUUAGUCUCUUUCAGUUUUGCACUUUAGGAAUUUAACAAAUUACCCAGAAGGCCUUUCUGCACCCACUUUUGAACACAUACUGUAUACAAGCAUGAAGCGCUUGUCUAAAGCCAACUGUCUCUCUGCCACAGAGAGUUGGUUUACUUGCUGUAAAUGUGAUCACAUCGGACUUGGAGGUGACUUUAAGCAUGAAUUUUGCCAUUUUUUAUUUAUAUACCGCUCCUGCAAAAAGUAAGGGGAGCACAGAGUAUCUCUGGGUCUGUUUUUUUAUUUAUAAGUUCAUGUGCUUGGGGGUGUUUCAUGCAGUUUUUGAAGAGACACAUCAUUACUGUGUUUGGCGUGUCUGUAUGUGGUUGGAAAUGGCUAUAACUUUGUUAAAGUGGUUAGAAACGAGGUGGAUGCUGUAAUUCUUAAUACAUUAAAAUGUGUACCCAUGAAUCAGAGAUGUAGGGCACUUUACAAGAUAUAGAGAUAUGUUAGCCUAACCUACCUAUGAGGAAAAACUUGACUUGAUAUAAGCUUUUAUUUAUAUUUUAUUAUUAUUUUAAUUAUUAUACUUCAUCUACAUUGUUUUAGUUUUUUUUUUUAGAUUUUUUUGUAUAAUUUUGUAAACUAUGCAAAUUUAUAUAUAAAGAAUUACAGCAAAAUAUGUGGUGACAUUAAUGACUAAAAAAUGAAUUAAAUAUAGGACACUGUGUGUAGUAUGAAAAAAAUCACUGCUGUCCUUCUGAAACCUUUUAUCUCCAUAUUGUCAUUAUUUUUUUGCCAUAAAUCAUUAUAAUUAGUCACCCUUAAUGUUUGUCACUGGGUUUUGCAAACAAAUAAAAAUUAGAAAAGUGCUUGUCAGUUUUGACAACUUAGUAUUUAAUAAUUGAAAAAGUACAAUGUUUUUUCCAUUUCAUGAAAAAUAGCGAAUUUGGUAUCCAAGGUUCGUAAGGACAGCAAUGAAAUGGAUUAUUGGUUGUUCUAGUGACUGUAUUAUUAUGCACAGGUGCUCUGUGGGUGUCAAAAGUCCACAUUUAAAAUCUGGAAUUUACCAUUGAAUUUACUCCUGAAAAUAUUUAUAGAUGUUAAUAAUAGAAAACAAACAAAAAUGUAACAUUGAACGAACAGAUUUUUUAAAUAAUUAUCUGGUUUUAUACAAAUUUGUGUACCAAAUAAAAUUCUAAAUUCAUUGACAGGUUACUCAAUUUGUUAUGCUGAUUUGUAAUGAGGUUUAAUAAAUUAUAUUUACUAUUAGACAUUUGGAACCCACUAUAUGUCACUGUAUGAUAUUGAAGGAGAAGGAAAUCAGUAUUCUAGAAACUGUAGAAUUCAAGAACUUUAAAGGUAUCAAGUCUUUCAAAAAUCAGAAUUUAUCCCAUUGCUGUACAUAGACAUUAUUCAUGACUAUUGGUGCUAUUUUGUCAUUAUAUUUUAGUUCUAACGACAUAAUGUUUUUUUUAUUAUAAAUCCCAGAAGUGAGCAACGCUAAAUCUGCAACUUGUUUAAAAAAUGUACUGUAUGUAAAACAACAACAACCAUAAUUUAGAGGAAAAGAAGUCAUCGUGGGUGGAAGUGUUUUGUUCUUGAGUGUCCCUGUGCAAACAAUGCUUUAUUAUUAUGAACAAACAGUCUGCCUGAGGCUAAAGAUCGUAUCAUUGUACCCACAUCUUAACUAUUUCUGGAUGACAAAUCAUUUUUAUUCCCAUGGGAAUGUUAAAUAGCCUAGGCUUGUUUUGCUGUGACACUGUAAUUGCCUGAUUGAACGUGUUAUUGACCUCACUUCCCCUCAUUUCCAUUGAGUAUCACUGUGGUUGGACAUUAGGAGGCUGCUGCUGUGAUUGAACUGUCUGGACUUUGAGUCAGUUUCCAUCAAGCUCAUAAUUGGUCGUGUUCACUAUGACCUGUCUGUGAAUCUCUCAAGCUCUUUGCUCAUAAUACUGUCAACGGCAGUGUCUACAGAUGAACAACAGCCUGCUGUGCCGUGGCGGUUAAAGCCUCUAAUGGUUUUAUAUCUGAAAGGCUUUGAUUUUGAAAUCUGUGUGAGACCAGAAGCAUGAUUCAAUUAUGAUGCCUCUGAACGGCCUUUUAACUGCUACUUAGACCUCGGAAGCAUUGCAUUUAGCUUUUGCAUACAUAAAUAUCGACAGAUGAUGUAAACUAUGCAGCACUCGCUGAGAGGCUGAUGUGCGUAAUUUGGCACAAAUGGCUUUACCAAUAAGUUGAAAUUGGUUUCGUGCAUCACGUAUGACAGUGAAUAGUGACCGUGGCCUCAGCCUCCAUCAUCACAAUUCUUACAGCCUGGGUUUAAAAAAAACUAUUGAACAAUAACCAUCUACAACGGAUUCUUGAUGUACUGACAGAAUAUUAAGACAUGCUCAAAACUUGGUGCUAGGUGUAAAUGGUGUCAUUUUUUAUAAUCCUGUAAGAAAUUAAAGUUACUGUAUGUUCCUUUACAAAUGCAAAAUCUAUUGUGCGCUUCGGUUUAACUAAAAGAUGUAAACUUGAUUUCAGAAAUGUAUGGUUGAUUCAGAUUUGGAAAAAAUGUCACUAGAGAUCAAAAAUUGUAUGAAUUAAAAUGCAGAAUUUAUUACAUAAAUUUACUUCAGUUUCUGCAAUUGAUUUUGACAUUUAAUGAAAAAUGAAUUGAUCUUAAGUAUUGAUUUGUUAUGAAUGAACCUGAUGUUUAUUUCACUUUACUGUCAUUUAUUUUUAAUCAAACCUCUGGUGAACACAGGUCAAUAAUUGAAACACAAUUCUCAUAUUGCAUUUACUGGAGACUUUAUUUGGUCAAUUCUCUUUCUUUAUAUGAAACCCACUUGCGUGCAGUAAAAUAUAUUUGUAACUGCAUACUGUAUCAUGGUAAGAAAAUAUUCCUUUGGUUUAUUACAAGCAUGAUUAGAAAAAUACCACGAAACUGUGUAGACCUGAAUUGUACAGUGCUGUAACGUUUGUUAAUGAAUAAAUCACAGAGAAAUCAGUAUUUCAGGAAAUUCUAAUGCUACAUUCUCUGACAAAUUAGAAGUAAAUAUAUCCCAGAAAACUUAAACAUGCCAUUUACAUCCAACGACCAAACCAGAAUGCUUGAAAUGUGACAGUUUACAAAUGGAAACAUCCGCAUAUUUCCAGCCUCCUUGAAUGUAUAUUCAUAAAUGUUAAGAUGUUGCUGUUACAAAAUAAACAACAGUUGACAAAA